ACAGUUUGGUCACGUGACGUGCACUUCUACAGUUAUUUUUUCAGGCAUGAUGGCGCCAAACUACUUUAUUACUCCGUUUUUUCGUAAUUUUAAGCAUUUACUAAGUGUAAAUUAAUGUAAUGGAAUUACUUAAUUGUCUCCUAAGUUUUCGUAUCGUCAGUGCUUCUAGUUCGUUUGGUUCCGCGUCAGUCCGUAAUUAAACGUAUGUUCGAAUGUGUAUUGAGGACAUGUUGGUUAGUUUGGUGACAGCAAUUAUUUCAUGUGUUUAGCACCGAAUUUUUCUGUAUUUCGGUUUUUAAUGGAGUGUUUCAAGUGAAGAAGAUCUAGUGCAUAUUCCUAGGAAUCUCCCAAAAUUUCGUCUGAUCCAAAACGAAAGGACUGGAGUCAAGAAGUCUGAUAAAAGUCUGAUAGUGCUAGCGGAAUUCUCAUUUUUUUACUUUUGGGCAAGAGCCAUGUGAAGGGAAGUCAAGACAAGUUCUAAUGUAUCUCCACAAUCCAGAUAUGUCGGUUUCACUAAUUGACUUACUCUUAUAUCAUUCUCUUCGUCAAAUUGGGCUCUGUAGCCGCUAAGCUACAGGAGCGAAGACUACAACAUGUCUCAUCGGGGAAAGAGACAAGCCCCGAGGGACGAUGGCCCAGUGCCUUCCAAGAGGCGGAAAGGUCGCCCGCCCGGGACGCACUCACACUGCGGAGGAUCACAGGGUACAGGGGGCGGUGAGGAUGAUGAAGACUCCAUAUGGGGAUCCUCGCGAUCCCUUGCAGAUCAGCUCAAAGCAUCAUCCAUUUACAAUCGGACUGUCACCGAAGCCCCUGCAGAGUUGUUCCGAAAAGACUUAAUUAGUGCAAUGAAAUUACCGGACUCUGAGCCACUUGCGGCGGAUGAGUACUGGAUGAUAACAGAUCAAUGGAAGCAAGAAUGGGAACGUGGUGUUCAAGUUCCUGUCAAUCCAGAUUCUCUUCCUGGACCAUCAGUCACCGUUGUCUCUCAUCGACCAGCACACCGGCAUGCCGAAUUCAAAUUGCCAAAAAACAAAUACAUCCAUAUCCAUAAAACCGAGCAUUUUACACCCGAUGAAUUUGUGCUAUCAAAUAUGCCAGCCAAAGCAGAAAAAGCCAUUUUGUAUGAUUUAGAUGACUGUGAUGUUGCAUGGCUCAAUAUCUACAACGGAGAACGUGCUGGCAUGGGUCAACAACCCAUCAAUGAAAGUCAACUUGAGGCUGUGAUCGAAGAAUUGGAGGUUCGAUGUUGGGACAAAGUGCAAACUAUUGUGAAAGAAGAAGAAGGUCUAGGGAUUGAAUUCGACGAAAAUGUCAUCUGUGAUGUUUGUAGAUCGCCGGACUCAGAGGAAGGGAAUGAAAUGGUGUUCUGCGACAUGUGUAAUAUUUGUGUUCAUCAAGCUUGUUAUGGCAUAAUGUCGAUUCCGUCUGGCCAAUGGCUAUGCCGCACUUGCCAUCUGGGUAUCCGCCCUGAGUGUGUUCUGUGUCCGAAUAAAGGAGGGGCAAUGAAGUGUACUCGCUCUGGCCAGCGGUGGGCCCACGUCUCUUGUGCUCUUUGGAUACCCGAAGUCAGUAUCGGCUGUGUUGAAAAGAUGGAACCCAUUACGAAAAUCUCAAGCAUUCCGCAAAGUCGUUGGGCGCUAAUAUGUGUGUUGUGUCGGGAGCGAGUGGGUGCGUGUAUCCAGUGUUCAGUCAAAACGUGCAAAAUUGCAUAUCAUGUCACAUGCGCCUUCAAACAUGGUCUUGAGAUGAAAGCCAUCAUCGAAGAUGAAAGUGCAGAUGAUGGUGUGAAGCUAAGAUCUUAUUGUCAAAAACACAGUGUCACCAGCAAAAGAGAUAAGUGCGGCUCAGCAUCUGAAGAUGAUGACACCAAACGGAAGCGCAGAAAAGAUAUGACCUCAGAGGAGAAAAAUUUAGCCCGACAAGCCAAGCUUCAAGAAAUUGAAGCGGAGUUUGAAAAGCACGUUAGUCCCAAAGAUGUUGCCAAAAGACACGAAGUCGAUUCGGACGGAGUGAAUUUCAUCUACAAUUAUUGGGUAAUGAAACGUCGCGCUGGAGGCAAUAGACCGCUAUUAGCACCUAAAUCUGAUGAUGUCGAGAUUUUGGCACGGCAGCAAGAGCAAGCCGACAUGGAAAAGAUGAAAAACUUUGUGCAAUUACGUCAGGAUUUGGAAAGAGUACGCAACCUUUGUUACAUGGUGGAGAGGCGAGAGAAACUUUCCCGCUCAUUCCUAAAGUUGCGUGAGCAGACCUUCUUGAAGCAAGUUGCAGUGCUGAGUGAAGCAAGGACGAGUAUAAGCAGCACAGAGCUAACUGCGAUCAAGGAGGCGAACCAUGGGCCCUCCAUUUAUGACCGCUUGUACUCGCAUCCUGCGGCUCCAGAUCUGAGCACAGAUUUCGAGACGAUGUUGACAAGGAUUUGCGGCAUGGCCUCUCCAACUCCUGAAGAUAAAGCUAAGUUAGAUCUGAACGGUUUCUUCCGUAAUAAUAAUAAAGAUAAUCCAUACAAAAGAAUGUAUUUCAAUGGGGGUGUCGUUCGUAGUAGGCGUAGUAGUAUUUACGGUGGAAUAUCUAGCAAUAGUGACACCGACACAAAACCAAAAAUCAAAGAGGAAGAAAGUGCAUUGUCCAGUAUGGACGAACGACCAUCAUCAAAAUUAGGUUACGACAGAAUUGGAGUCAAAGGUAAGAAACGGCCAAAGAAAAGAGAGUUGAAGUCCACGAAGGAUCCAAACUCAUCUACCGAUGAUGAAGAACCGAAAUCUAGUUGGGAAAAAUCAAGGGCUUCCCGUAAAAUCGAUAAAGAUGACCGAACAGGAAGUGAAGAUAGUGAAGGUUUGUUUGAGAGUUUCCCAAAGUACGAACAUACGAAGCUUUCAACAUCAAUUUACUCGUCAGAUUCGGAUUCUGAGUCCUCGGCUAAAGAAGAAACCAGUGACGCACACCAAUCUAUCCGUACGAAAGCAGCAAUGAAAGAAUUUAUUCCGGAUGAGGCCAAAUCCAAGAAAUCUUCGUCGAAGCCUGUCUCAACGAAGAGAGUCAACUCUAUAGACGAUGAAUUCGUGAGAGAUAAAGAAAACAUCAAAAGUAAUAAAAAGAAGAAAGAAACCUCAGGUGCCCCAUCUGACCUUAUCGUUCCACAAAGGCAAGCAGCCAAGAAAGCGACGGAAAGUAUCCACCGCUCUCAAGGUAGGCCAAAAUUGGAGCAAAAUGCUCUCGAUAUCAAUGAGAUUUCGCGUAAAUCACCGGUGGUGGAAGAAAUUCCCAGUAAAAGUAAACACCAGAAAAAGGAUAUGUCCAAAUUCAAAUCCAAAAUUCCGAAAGAUAAGGAUCUAAAAACUAGUAAUGAUGUUUAUGAGUUUGAAAAAGAACUAGGUGAUGGCCAAGAAAUAUUAGCAUAUGUUCCUCAGAGACAAGCUGCAAAGAAAGCAGCUGAGCACAUAAAACAAAGUCAUGGAACAGUGCCCAAGCCAGCUGAAUUAGAAGCAGAUCAGCGUCUAAAAUCCAAGGAUGUGGACAUCAAGAAAGAAAUUAAAAAGGAUAUAGAUGUAAAGAACAAAAAGGAUGUCGAUUCGGAGAAAGAUAAAUUGCGAAAACCGGUGAAGGCGGCGCCGGAACAGAAAGGAUUGCGAAUAUCGAAAUCUAGUUCUUCCUCUUCGUCUAGUUCAUCUUGUAGUGGGUCUUCGAGUUCAUCUUCUGGUUCAUCGUCCUCUUCUAGUUCUGAGAGCGAAGACGCAGGCCCAGCAUCGAGAGUUUCCUUAAGAGAGGCUCCUGAUAAGAAGAAAGCAGGAGUGGUAGAAAAGAGCCUAGUGAAAAAGCACGAAGACUUGCCCUUUCUCAACAAGGGAAAACAGUCGGUGCAUUUCAGUAGCUCGUCCAGUAGUUCUGAGUCUGAAAACAGUAGUCCCGAAAGGUCUUCGUCCUCAAAGUCCAAACCGGUUAAGAACUCGGAGCUCAAGCGGAGUGGUUCCUUUCAGAAAUUGGAGGUUGACAAGAAACUCAAGAGGCCGUCAGAUAAGAAGCUUAAAACUUCCGACGGGCGGCCUGAACUUGAGUAUCAGCAGCCGCCUAUUACGAGAGAGGAAUCAUCCGGAACCAAAGAUAAAUCUAGACUUAGGAGGAAGAGUAGCAGUGAUAGACUCAGCGAUACUGAAACCAAACAUGGAGAUUCUGUUGGCAAAACCGCUCCUUCCAAACAUGUGUCCAACAAGGCGGAUAUCAGCGCUAAACACCGAAGUCGAAAACAGAGUCCUCCGAGGAAGAGCCCUAUUAGAAAAAGUUCUCCCAAAAGAGAAAGCUCUCCGUCAGAAUCAGGGUCAGGCUCGAGUCCACCAAGAAAACAAAGUCCUUCCAGGAAAUCUAGUCCUUCGAGGAAGUCGGCUCCAGCAAGGAAAAGCCCUGGACGUAAGCAAAGUCCUAGCUUUAAACAAGAUGGAAGAAAGAGAAAAUCGAAUGAAUUCGAAAAGGACCAAUCGGAUUCUUCCUCCUCCUCUGACUCUGAGAAAAGAUCUCCGCCAGAAAAGGUUAAGUCCGUUUACCAGUCCAGUCCUGAGACCAAGAAAGUUCCAAAAAAGAUAAAUGAAAGUAAAUCGAUCAGCGAGAGAACGCCUAGCAAUAAACUGUCAGAUAGCAAACUGAGAAAAGAUGAUCCGAACCUGAAAAACACGCAUCGUAAAUAUGUUGACAGAUUGAGUGAAAAGCGAGAAAAGAUUUUACAUCGCAAGUCUAGUAAGGAUGAAUUGGAGGAUAAAUCACCUUCCAGAAGUUCUGUCAAGUACUCAGGAAGAAGUGUUACAUCACCCAUCCCCAUAGAUAAUGACGAAAACAUUUCUCCCAUGGAGACUGAAAACCAUCGAAUAUCUGGAGAUGCCCAUGUUCCUCUUGAAUAUAGGUUGUCUAAUAGCUUGAGUGAAACUCCAAACGCUAGUCAUAAAGAAUCUAAUUCCGUAGCCAAUGAUCAAAUUAGAAUAUCGAAACCUUUGCCUAAUUGCAAGAAAAAAGAUGAUAGUGAAAGAGAUGUUGAUGCAGCUCUGGAUGACAAACGCUUUUCUAGUGAUAAAAAUAGUGAAUUAAAUUCAAUAUCGAAUGAUAGGAAUAGUAAUUGUGUGAUGUCUAUAGAUGAAUCUAGAGACAAGUCAAAUAUUUCGAUCUCAUUAGACAAGUCAAACAGCAAAGAGGUAAAUACUCAUGAAGAUGUUGCGGCGAAAAGAACAUCCAGAACACACUCCUCAUCAUCUUACGGUCAUCAUAGGUCCAUUUUCUCUCCGCAGGCAUCUUCCAAAGAAGGUGCUACAGCUGAUGAUGAUUUGUUUGCUGAUUUCAGCAACGAUAUUUUAGCUGUUGAUGAAACGGUGCAUGAUGACGGCUUCAGCAUACCCCGUGAUUCAGAGGAGUCGAUGCGUGCUCACCCGUUCUCAUUCGGCAAUGAACUCCUGUUCAAGCCUGACUUAAAAGAAGAUAGUGCUCAAGAAACUCUUAAUUUAGUAGAAAAAUUACGAUUAGAUUAUGCUAAGAAAAAUUCCAGUUCCUGUGAUCCGCCUGAAACCCCAUUAUCUCGAGAACCUUCUUCACCUGCGUCAUCCAUUCUGUCUAAAGCUGUUGAAGAACCAGUUCCUAGUGAUCCUGUGAUAGACUUGAAACCUGUGGAAGCAUCACAUCUAGGGCAAGAAGCGAUGUUGUCAGAUUCACUCACUUCAGCACCAUCAUCACUUCCCGAGGCGCAAAUUAUAGAUCAAGGCUCUGCAGCACACACUGCUUAUGCUGUUUCCAUGCUGCCUAGCUCAACCGCAUCCUCUGCCCAUCCACUUUCAUCGGGAGUUCAUCUAACUCCUUCUCUACCUUUAUCUUCAAUCACCUCAUCUCCUUCCACUCCAGGCGCGAUGACAUCUUCUCAAAUGGCACCGUGUUCCAUGACUUCCCCUGCUGCCAUGACAACAGUUACUCCUACUAUUCCUUCUACGAUGAGUCCUUCCAUAGUCCCUGCAUCACAUGCUCCCUCAAAACUGGCAACUACCCCGGUCUCAAUGCCUCCUGGACCCAAUGCCUCGCAGCUAGUGGCUCCGUUUGACCCUGCCUCAGCCAUCCCGCAGUUGACGGUGCCUUCAUCUCAUAUGCCACCCACAUCUGUCAUGUCUAGUGAACUACCCCCUUGCUCAAUAUCCAAUGAAUCUCUAAUUAACGAGUUUGCCGAGCAGGUGAGGUCAGACUUGGCAGGGAAAAUGGAACCCAAUUUCAUGAUGCCUGUGCAAGACAAUCACAGCAUGUCUCAGUAUAAUAUGGAGAUGUAUGGAUUCCAGCAGCCUCCGCCGCCUACCUCAACAGGUAUGGACCAGGCGAAGGCACUUCAUGAAAACAGUGCCUUACCGCGGACAGAAGAGCAGUGGAUGCCAACACCUCAGCAGUACCAGCCAUCGCCAUCACCGUACAUCGAUCCUCAUGCGGCUAACAAAUGGGCUGAAAGUAAUCUCAUACCCUCGAGGAGAUCCUCCACAUCCUCAUCAAGUUCUGCCGAAUCUUCACCUGCUCGAAAAGAGGAUGAUUCUUUGAAGGAGGUCCCUUCUAUUCCACCAGCAGCGCCAGGAUUAAUGCAAGACUUCACCAACUAUCCUGGAUUGCAAGCGUAUCCUCAUUGCUCAAUGCCAGACAACGUCACUGCGUAUCAUCCUUUCUCGGAAGCAAACUCCUUCCCAGGCCAAGUCUCUAUGUACCCUCCAAAUACAUCUUUGCCUUAUACAACCUCUGCAAUGUCUGCCAUAUAUCCGUCAAAUUACUCAGCACCCUAUCCACCAUCUCAUUCUGUUGCGACACAAGACAAUUCACUAAUCAUGCCGCCCCAAAUGCCUGCUGCUUUUACUGCUUCGUCGCAUAAUAUGGCACUGACAGCAGCCAUGGUGUCACCGAUACCAUCUGUGGCUCCUCAGGAACGUUCUAUAACUCCAGUAUCGUUCCCAGAGCCAGUACCUGUCCAAUCUCAGCCUAACUCAGUGCUGAACGAGCCAAUGACUGCUUCACCGGCAUCAAAUAGUGAGUCCUUCUCAACACAGCCUCCAACUCCUAUUACAGCAGAACCAUCCCCAACGCCCUCAGUCAAAAGCUUUCCUGGUAAAAAGUCUCCAACAAAGCCAACACGAGUUUCAGCACGUGUCUUGUCACAGCAGAAGUCACCAGGAAAAUCACCUGGAACACCUGGGAAGUCGCCAAGACAAAUUGAACCACCGAAACCUAUUGCAAGAGCCCGAGAAGCAACUAAGAAAACCAAAGGUGCAGGGAGAGGGCAAAAUCGUACCCCACGAGGCCGCGGUAGAGGCCGAGGUAAAAACCAAAUGUUUGACGAUAAUACAAUACACAGUAAACUGGUUGGUACUGUUUAUGAGUUUGAUUUUGAUGAGGAUAGUCCUUCAGAAAGCGUUGAAAACCUCCGCUCGAUGCGAGAAAGGCGGAAAUCAAGUGACGUUCAUGAAAGGAAAUCGUCUGAUAGCUCUUUUAUUUCCAAAGAUUCAUCGCAGUCGCCCAAAUUUGCAAGCCCAGUUCAUGUGCAAAACUCAAGCAAACGCUCUACAACUUAUUCUUCUAGUGUUCGGGAAUUACGACCGCCCUCACCAGUUUCAGAAGAGCCGCCAAGCAAUUCUGUUGAGGAUGGGCCAGUCGUACAAGAGCCUAAAUUAGCUCCAUUUCAAGAUGUUGAGCCUCUCUUACCUGGCCCUGUUGACAUGCGAACUUAUAGUGCUCCAUAUAAUGCAUCCUCUAAUUCAACCAUCAAUUCAUAUCAUGAUAACCUUAUCAGCGGUUUUUCAACAUCAGCAGCUGAACAUGUACCUGAUUUGGUGGAUGAAUUUGAGAAAUUUGAAGAAUACAGCUUGACUAAAACUACAACUGAUGAGGAGCCUAUCGCAAGCAAGAAAACUCCCAAAGAAGUUAAACAAGAUGCAAAUGAUGCUGCCUACAAAAUGUCGCUCAGCGACUCUCGUAACCAGCUCAAAGUGAAAAUCAAAGGUCCAUUCUUAGAUGCUAAUUAUGUAACAUCAAAUGCAGCUCCUCAGCAACCACCUUUGACACCGUUAGAGGGUGGAUCUGCAGCUGCUGCUCCCACUGGCUCCGGAACAUCUCAUCUUAGAAGAAUGCGAAAGAAGGAGCUUUUACAGCAGUAUGUCACUGAAGAUAUGAAUACAGUCUCUCCUCCUUCGACAGUGCCACCUACUCGUGUACCAACCACGAUUUCAAUUCCAAAAGCUGUCAACUCGAUGUCAAGUAUACCAACAAGGGACGAUUACAAAGCAGUUGUUGAUGCUAAUAUGGAGAAGAAAAAGAAGAAAGACAGGUUCUCAGAUCUGUCCUUCAUUAGCGAUGAUGACGAUAAGUUUGGUGAUGACAAACACCCAGUCGUAACCCUAUCUCCACUACCCACGACCACACCAAAACUCAAGAUCAAAAUACGCGAGCCUCAACCCACAGUUGUCAAAACUGAGGACAAAAAGAAUUUAAGGCAGCGACCACCAAAGAAGCGUCUGAGCACAACUUCCUCUUCCAUUCAACCUCCCCAUGACAAAUACAAACAAGACGCUAUGCUUUAUCGACAAAGGAUGAUGGCUGACUUUGAGGAUGAAGAGGAAGAAAUUGUUGUUACACGGAAGCCGAAAGAGAAACCAAAGAAAAAAGAAAAAGAGAAGAAGAAAAAGCAUCGUUCGAACAACGUUGAGGUAAUAGCAGAUGAGAAGACACCUAAGAUCAUUAUCAAAUUUAAAAAACCAGAUGAAAAUAGUAACUCAACAGUUGAAGAAACUCUCAAUAAAACGAAACUGAAUAAGUCAUCUGAAGCUUCCUCUGCAAGUAAAACGCGGACUCCUAAAACUACUCCAAUCAAGUUGAAACUGUCACGUUGUGAGGAAGGAUACGUUAUGAAAACGCCUUGUGAUAAUGGAGCCUCGUCUUUGAACGACUCUGAGUCUUCAGCCAAUUCUUUACCUUUGUCCCAAGAUUGUCAGGUUAGAUAAUAGUGAAUGAAUUUAGGCUUUUUCAACCAAAAGUUAGUUGUAAAGUGUUUGAGAGUUUCUUGAUUUCAAGUAUCUCACUCUUCUGUUUAGAUGUGAUCACUAAGUGAUUCUUAUAAGUGCUCAGCCAAUAGCGAGUGCAUCUUACUUUCGACUUGUUUUCUUUUCUGUUGACUCCUUUUCUCGUUUUCGACUUCCUCUGUCUCAUUGUUUUCUUUUGUUGCCACCUAGUGGUUCCGUAAGUACAUGUAUAAUACUGUAAAUACCUUCAACUCCAAAUUGCUUUUUAAACUAAUUUAUUAUUGUUUGUUUUCUAUUACUAUUAUUAGAUUCUGAUGUUUAUUCUAUCAUUUUAAAUUUCAUUAUCCUCUUUUAAUUUUAUGUUUAUUUUUAUUUUCCCCCCUUAAAUUUAUUUAUUUAUUUUUUGUAUUAUAUUUUGAAAAUAUCAAGUUUGUAUAGUAAAAUUAUGUUAUUAGUCAAUAUAUAAAUAUGUAUCUGCAUAUACUUUUUUAAAGCUCAUUUUUUAAUUUCUCUUUGUUUUCUUUUUUUUCUAAAUCAGUGAAAAGAUGGAAUAAAAAUUAGCUCUUAAGAUGAUUUACUUUAAUCAGUCAAUUAUAAUUCGGAGGAGGGGAGGCUCAUGUUGAGUCAACUACAGUCAGUUCAGACUUGUAUAUUGGUUGUUUUCGGACUUGUAAAAUUGUUGAUCUUGAGUCUUAUUUGUAUUAUUUUGCACAAAAAGUUUUGUUAAGUAUUUAAAGCCUUAAUUCGACUAGCUUGUUGAAUGAUGUUUUCCACUCCAUGAAAACGUUCUAGUUUUAUUCGUUGUAUCUCAAAAAAUUGGAUGAGAUUCCUUCCAGUAACUGAAUCUGGUAUAGUCUCUAGGUUCAAUGAUCCUUCAAUAUUGCAAAUUUAAGUGAACUUACAUCUCAGAUAGGUUUACCUUCCUCAUCCUCAUGCGCAGGAAGCAUAACUGCCUUCUACGCAGGCGUAUGAAAAAGAUAAAACAGUCUAAACAGGUUCUAAUCAUUAAUCUCUUAUGUGGGUUAGCAAUGAAAAUUAGCAAAUUUUUAACACCGUGCAAAUUGUUUUUAUAGUGUGUGUGUGUUUGAGCUGUUGUUUUUUUUUUAUUUUUUUUUUAUUAUUUCUGACCAGUUGUGCAAAAAGUAUAUCCCUGACUGGUAGUUUUUCAAUUUUUACUUCUUCUAAACUUCUCUGUUUAAAUUAAUAUUAUCUAAUGAAGAGGCAAAUUGUUGAAAAACUGAAAAAGUUCUACUUAGUUGGUGCUUUGUAUUGAAUAUCUCUAUCCAUUUCAUCCUCAGUCUGUUUUUAAAAGAAAAAAAAAGUUAACUUUAUCAUGGUAUCUUAUUGCACAUGAACUUUAUCUCCAUGUAUAAGCUAUGCACAGAUUCGAUAAUCUGUUUUUAAAGGCUCUUUAUGAGUGUGCAUGAAUUCAUGUUGACAUUGCGAUUCAGUGCAUCGAUUAGCUAUCUACCAGAUCUACUUUCCUCCAAUCAGCUCAAGUAUUAAUUGUUAAACGAACCUAUCAGGUAUUUUAAUUAUUCAUGAGCCAACUGUAAAUCAGGUUGUGACAUUAGUGCUGACUUGGUCUCUAAGUCUCUUCAUGUUCCUUGGAUUUUUAGCUUCAAGGAAAAAGAUGACGUAAUCUGACAAUCUUUGGUGAAAAUACACAUCUUUCAAAGUGAAAGAGCCGUGGUGGAAAAUCUUUCAGUGCAUGCGAAAAUUUGUUUCAUCUUUAAGCGUAAAACUGCUAGCUCUAACUUGUCUGACUGCAGAUCCUGUAAAAAUCCAAGCUUGUUUUAUUGGAGAAGCAUGUUCUCCCUUUGAUGAUUCUAAAUCCCACCAAAAAUUUGAUUAAUACUUUCCUGCUAAUGGAAAUGCUAAAUUGGCAGAAGUAGAAAAGGCGUUUCUAUUCAAUUUUCUUUUGCUUGGAUGGAAUAUUUAGUCCCUUUGUUUCAUAUAAAAAGUUUCGCAUUAUAACUCCAGACUCAUAAGCUUAAGCUCUAAUAUUUUUGGUAUAGCAUUAUUUAAUAAUAUCCUGUAUUCGUUUUUGCAUGAGUUAUAAAAUGGUGUAUUCUUGUUUGGUGGGACGCUCUUGCGACAGCAAAGUUAGAAUUUCUUCACUCAGUGCUUUUCACAUUAAGUUAGUUUUUUUAUUACCGGUGUUCCCUGUAGGUUUAAAGCUCAAGUUGAUAACUAACUUUGUAUGCACAAAUGGUAAUUGAACUUAGAUUUGUUUUAAAUUUUGACUAAAGUUUACUGAUCAAUGAAGUCUUUAAGAUAGACAGGGCAUAAUCAGAUUUCUCCAAAUGCGAGGAAAUCAUUGAAUUAUUAUUUGUAUGAAAUAUUCAAAUUUUGUCCGUGGAACAAUGUUCAGACUCAGCAUUAACGUUUUUUCAUGUGAAAACGAGCUCCACGAGGAGCUCCAGAAGUUUUUUUAAAAAAUUUUCAACUAAUUUUACUUGAGCUUUAAUUACUUUGUUGAGUAAAGAGCUUAUGCAUUCUAUGAUCUUGUCAUGAACUAAGUUUGAUAACCUAAAAAAGCGUUAUCUCAACUAAUUUUUAUUUUAUUUUUCCUACUUAUAAAAUUUACUUGUUUUAUUCGGCCUCCAUGUCUCCGUUUUAAGUCUCGUAGUUUAUAAGUAAUGCCGAUUUUUCUUAUCCUGUUUGAAGUAUAUCAGAUAUAAUGAAGUACUUGCAUGAUUACUGUAUUUUUGAGCACUGGUCAGCUGAUUCUAAAGAAGAUAAAAAAGGGAAUAUUUACCUAAAGAAAGUUGUAAUAUCUUAGUUUCAGAAAGUUCCCAUCUUUGAUAGUUUUAUGUACUUUCUUUUUAUGACUAAAAGACUACAGUACAGCAUAAGUAAUGUAUGAUGGAGUUCAAUUAAUUUAAUCAAUUUAAUAUCGGAAAGAGUAAUAAGUUUUGAAGAAAAUGCUCAUGAAUGGAUUGACAAAAUCCAAAAACAAUUAGAAGGAGUUUUUUUUUUUUGAUCUGCAGCUUCUCAAAAUAAUUUUUUCUCUUCUGGAAAAAAAAAUGAACAAAAUUUCUAACCGUUUAAUUACAACUGUUGUGUAUCCAUUUAACCCAUAAUGCAGCGUUUUUUAAAACCUUUGUGUUUUGUCCGAAUAUUAUACCUACUUUCAAAUUUAAUGAAAAAAUUCUGCAGUGAAGACAGAAAAACUUCGAUGUUGUUAGGAACCUGUAUAGCUAUCAGGAAUCAACAAUGAAACUUCCAAACCACUUAUCUUGAUUUACGAUAUUGCAGAUUUCCUGACGUACUUUAUUUUUUAAAGGGAAAAUUAUUAUAUGGCAUUUCUUAUUAACUGCUGUGACUUUUCUUCACUUUGGGCAUGAAUUUCCGUGAAAACUUCAAGGAUUGAUGUUGAUUUGUUCCUCCUCAAAAAAAUAAAAUAGGAGCGGAUAUUUAAAACUCCGCAAACAAGAUACGUCGUUUAGGAGUUUCACUGUCGAACUGCUAUGCAACCCUGAUUGCCCUCUCUUUCUUUUCUUUUUUUAAUUCCUUUGCACAUGCCAAUAUUGUCUCUAGCCCCCCUCUUUAAGCUUUCUCCAGAUCUAUUUAUGUCCCUAAGCAUGUAUCAUGCUGGAAUGAAUCAGUAUGUGACCUUUAAUCUCAGUCACCUCCUAUCUCAUGUCGGAGUAUUCCAACAUGAGAUAUUUCUUUUGCUCUUGCACAGGAUUUACAUGCAUACAAUUAUUAGUUUGCAAAUACUUUUUAGUUAAAGUCAGUAGCUUUACUGAUCUUGAAUUCUGAAGGCAACAUUUUGUAACACUGUUCUGCGAAGUCCACAGAAAUUUUCAAACUGCUCUCUUAUUGGUGCUCCCAGAUUAUCAUGUAUUUUUCCUUCAUCGCUAAUGUUACAUUUGGGUAUCGGAAGGAUUUCUCUUUUACUUUUAUUCAAUAGUUAUAAGAAUUUUGAAGGAGGGUUGUACUAUAUUUUUCAAUGAAGAACCACAAUUUCUGGUUCAUUUUGUGAACUGUUGUCCACAAAAUUUUUCCUGUGCAGAUAGGUGCCUUUAUGGUAGCACCAGAAGUAGUAGUUCCUCAUCGCAAAAUGUGGUUCAACUCCCUAACAGAACGGAAGAAAGAUCUCGUAAAUGCCUUGGAAAGCGGCAAAGUAUACUGAGGAUAAUACUAGAUUAGGUUUAUCACCAUCUGUUUCAUUCAUCGUGUUCUGGAUCGCAAGUUUAUAAAGUUUUAGUCUGAAAAUGAAUGUUCUUCUAAUUUUUGCCAACUCUCUAAAAAGGACUUGAAAUUUUUGAAAAUUAUCUUUAAUUCUGAGUUCUCCAGCAUCAAGAUGCUCAAUUGCUUUUGCUAUUAAAUUACGGCAAUUUUUGCUGUUCAAUCCUACUUGAUUUGUUUCUCAAACAUAUUCUGCUAGUUAUUUCCCCCAAAAUUUUAUUUUAGAAAGUUUAGAGUUUGAAAAAUUGCCUCUUCUCUAGCGAUGAUUUUUCUCUUGAGCGUUUGUGUAUUAAAAUACAGAUCCUCAUAAACUUUGAAGACUCCUUCUCAAUGUACAUGUUUUCUGGAAUCGAGAAAUUAUCUGUGUGUUGAAGAGUUUGGUAUUUUUCUCUUUCUCAGCUUUUCCCCUUAAGAAGCCACAAAGCACUUUAUCUGGGCAAUUUUGCUGAAUUUUUCUUCCGUGAUAUUUAUUUGUUGGGAUGCAGUUAGUUUAUGUUUAACUAAUUAUAAAGUUUGACCAAUUAGAAUCUUGUAAAAUAUUGCCUGUAUUUUAUGUUUAGGUGCCAUAUAGUUUCCUUUUGUGACAAUCCUAAUGUUUUUGUUUGACUCGCAAGGUUUUAUUUUUUAUGUCUGCUCCCUCAAAAUACCUAUAAGCUUAUCGUUCCAUGGUAUGAAAAAAAUACACCUUAUCCUCUUGUAUUUACCGUUUUUGACGAAACGUAAAUGAAAUGGGUACACCCAGUUGUUAAAGUUUCAAAAAACUCUCAAGCUCACUCACUUUAUUAUCAGGCAAUUGUUUCGGAGCUUCGCUCCAGUUUCAGCUCUUUAACACAACGAUUUGGUUGCAGUAGGAAUGAAACUUACCUGUGAAUGAAAUUAUGCAAUGCACGUGUUUACACCAAUUUUCAUAAGGCUCAUUUUCUUGUCUCCGUCAUGAGUGUAAAUAUUUGUGCUUACCAUUCUACUAUUCCCCUCAACAUCUUGCUGACCACCAAUUAACGUUAAAAUUGUUGACACGUUCAUGAAAUUCCUUAGCGUGUAGUUGCCACUUUCAACCGUACUCGGCAACAUUGAGGGAAAGUUUUCAAGCUUUAUUGCAAGUAUAUUUUUUUUAACUUGAGGAACAAUCCUGACUUCGGUGCAAUCACCUAUUAACCAUUCAGGUUUUCUAUUGUAAUUUCCACUCAAUAUUUGAUCAAUUAUUUCUAGAAAAAAUUUCAAUGAAAUACACAGCCCUCCUAGAACAUUGUUUAAGUCUCCAGAAUCCUGGUUAUUGUGAAAUUUUGUCAUGAAUUUUCUUCAAAUGCCACCCUUACAUGUUUCCUUUUGUUAACUUAAACCUUGUAAGUUUGAAGAGGGAAGUAUGACUCAUGAAAGUCAAGUACACCAGUGUAUGAACGCAAAAUUAGAUUCAUUAGUUAGAUUUAUGAAAUCAUUGUGCCUUGAAGAUUUGACUGAUAGGAAAUGAAGCGAACCCUUAAGAAAAUACCUACUAAAACUAAAUUGCGAUGGAUAAUUUUUCUGUGAGCAUACUGUUCCGUGUGCUUUUCUGAUGAAACAAAUGUUUACCUGUGCACUGAAAGAAGUUGCUCAAAAAUGUGUCAAUCGGUUGCUCUGUAGUAUUGUUCAAAGCAUUGAUUAACAGCUGGGUUAUUAUAUUGUAUUUUAAAAUUUAAAUAUUUCACAUUGAUUUGUAAUAGAAGCUUAUAGAAAUCCUGAUGUGCCCCAAGGAAGUAUCUUAAUUUUGAAAAUAUGCACAGAUUUGAGCAUGAAGGUGUACAUACUAUCUUGUUUUUACGACCCUGCAAAAAUUAAGAUGAGUGUCCGUCAGCAGUGACCCUGUUCAAAAAUGUUGUCAAUGGUAGCUAUACAUCAAUCCUGUUCAAUAAAAGCACACACAUUAUUACCCAUCAGUGCUUCUAGAGUGCUUUCUUCUGUGGAAUUGUUGGUGUUUGUUUCAUGUAUUGGUGUUCUUGAAGUAAGGUUGAAUUGAUCAAUGAUAUGUAAAUUUCCAAUUUAAUUUUGGUCACACGGGAACUCCUAAUUUUCGGUCAAAGCAAGACUGUAAAAGUAAGUGUUAUACAUCGGCAAGCUGAUUCUAAUAUUAUCAAGGGGUGUGCAAUUUAUAGGUACGAUAAACUUCUUUUAUCGUUAUUGGGACUUGUAAUUUGAGACUUUUUUGUACCUAGUCUUUAAAGAUUUUCCAUGGGCCUGCAAUCUGUUGAUGACCUCGAUUCCACUCAAGCUGAGUUUGAAGAAUGGUAGCUAUCCCUAACUUUCUAGUGUUGCCACCAUUUGCUGGAAAAACUCAAGCUCGCUUUCUGCAUGAAUGAAUAUCUUUCAAAGCUUCCUGUAAUAUGGUGUGAUAUGCAGGCAAUAAUGCUACUCUCCACACUUGUAGCGUACAGUUUAAAAAUGUGUAACUUACAGAGUUUUGACUCUGUUGUAAUAAUUCAAGUAAAAUGUUUUCUAUUCACACGAUCUCACUUCAAUCAAGAAAUGGAAUGAAAUUUAAUUGAGAUUAUCACAAAAAUAGCGGGUCGCUGAUUAAGUGAAUAAUAAAACUGAAUAGUAUUUUCUCAGCCUGAGUGCCAUACAAUAUUUAUAUAGCAAACGUAAAAAGGAAAACUUUAAAGUCCUUUGCACAAACUGUUGAAACAGUGUUUUAAUAAAGUUGUUUGUUUAAGUUAGAUGGAUUUGACUGGAACCAACGUAAUUACAUCAGACAUUGUUUCUCCAUGGUUUAAUUUUUAAAACAGGAAAUCAAGUCACACUGAAAUUUGAAUUUUUGUGAUUUUAUCGUUGGUGAAACUACAAAAAUGUGCAUCUCUGUUGUAGAGUUUCAAAAUCUCCACUUACAUUUUAUUUUUCAAAAGAAGACUGAACUAAUAUCAUGACUUGAAACUUUCUCUGAAUAUUCAUCACCAGGAGAAAAAAAAUCACCAAAGAUUCAAGAAAUGAAGUUCGGUAGUUUUUUACGCAGAAAAUAAAGUAUGACACUAAGUCUGCAUUGCCGCAAACAGAAAUACGCAUUUCUGCAGUUUCACUAUCAGUAUUCUUCAUAAUUAAAGUAAAAUUCUGAGUUAAAAUGCGCAGAAGUUGGGCAACAUGAGAUUCAGUCAUGCCAAAUCCAGUCUAGUCUGUCCAUCUAUACAAUGUGUAGCACUUAGGUCUCUGAUUCAACAUUAAUUUUAUUCCAAACAAAUGAGUCUCAGUGAAAUUCUCAUCCGUAAACAUAUGCAGCAAUCUUGCUUAGCCUCAAAAAAGUGUGUCACUUGCACCUUUGUUCACCCCAUUUUGUAUCUGAAUUCCUUUCAAACUCUCUUGUAUAAUCCUCUCAUUUCAUACCCCCCCUUCCCUCCCCUUUUCUUUGAGCUCCUGCACUGCAGUGCUGAGGAAAAAUGCUGUAAGAACCCUCACACCUCGCCAAUUUUCUUCGAUUAAAUACGAUUUUUCAGGGAAAUCUGUGAAUAUUUUUACUUCAUUUUUUCAGAGGAUUUAAUUCACACUCAGAUCUGAAUUAUCUGAAAAUUUCAAGAGAAAACAUUCAUAGCUCUCCUUAAAAAUAAUCAUUUUUCCGUAGGAACUUUGGCAACCCUCAAAUGUUCGUACGGCAUCAUUCCUUACCACGGCAGCGAAGUCAUUACAAACAAACAGAAAUCGUCUCCUACUAAUUAUUCUGAGGCAUUAACUUCUCAUUACCUGCAUUUUAUGUACUCAUGAAUGGACAUAAGUAAUUUUAAUUCAGAAGUGACUUGUCCUCAUGAACUGACAAAUUAUCGAAUUUAGAUAUUGAGUGAAAAGAAAUUCUGAUGCGUAUCAUUGUCAUUCUAAAGGAAGCAAUCGCUUGCGACAUGUUCUUUGGUAUCAUUUCGUUCUGUUCAUGUGUACAUCUUUCAAGUGCGCUUGCUUUUUCCAAUAUUCUUGUUUUAUUUAUUUUUUUGUUUUUAUUUUAUUUCAAUUUUAUUGUAUUUAUUUUUAUUUGUGUACAUACGAAGUAUUGUAUUUAUACAUUCCUAGUUAUUUAUUCAUACUUAAUUUGUAAUAAUGUAUUGUACAUUGACUGGAAAUGUUUUUUUACUUCUCAAUAUGACUUUAAUCAUUAUGAAAUGGUAAUAAUAUCCUUACUAUUUGCGACACAUUGAUGUUUGCGAUGGAUGAUUACUUCUAGGAAAACUAAAGUUCAAAUUUUGUUCAUAAUAUGGUACAUAUUCGUUUCAGAAAUUCAUUUGCGUACAUUGCGCACUAACUCGCGGUUGCAACUAAUGUAAUCGUGCGAGUUCAUUGUAAAUAACUUGUACAUAGUUUCAUUGAAAUUUCCAUGUGAGUACCUUUGAACUUGUAAAUAUCGUCUUUGGGACUGGUCUUUCUUACUGGAAAAGUUAAAUCCCCUCCUCCGGUUCAUUCAAUAUUUUGUUGUAUAGCUUAAAUUAUUAAAAAUAUUUUAUACUGUAUCUACUGAUCAUUAAUUAAAUUGAACAUGAAAAAAAA